ACCGGGCUACCAUGGAACUGCGGCCGGUGAGCGGGCCCGUCCCUUUGAGCAGCCAACACGUGGGAAUGACCAGCAAUCCCAGCUACCUACCCGACGAUAUGCGGUUUGCGUGAAGCUUAACGGGAGAGAUCGGAAUUGAUUUGGCCGAUGUGGAGCUGAAGGGGUCUGGCUCUGGCUCUAUGUCUCCGAGCCAAGCAUUUCUUCGAAGGUAGUCCUGACUGCGUACGUAUCUCUGCUCCGAUAAGUGAGCAGAUUCCACAUGUUUGUGCUACGGUGCAGUCACGGAGCCGCUGUAGAGGCUGGUUGUUUGGUUUGCUCAAAGCCAAGCAGGCUGUCGCGGCGAACAGGGAUGUCAAUGAAGCUGGGACAAUCACUUUACUUAACGCUGACACACAAAGUACCCUUUGGGGUCUGUAGUUCGGUGCUGCUCGUGCAUGUGGGUGGCACUUAUGUUCGACAUGUACCAGCUUCUGAUGACGUCCUGGUUCAGACGUGUUGGACGAGGGCGGAAGCCAUGCUCCGACUUAAUUGCCUUCUCGCCGAUAAUGUGAUAGCUAGAAGUGGCCCUCUGCCAUUCUUGUGUGGUGUGCCCGGCCAGGAAUGUACAAUCGGCCGGAUGGCAAGCCCUCUGACAAGGCUGCUCUCUGGAACGAAAGUGACAAUGUCUGCUCAAGCAUGGAAAACUCGAUUCCCGGUGAAAGCUUUUCUGAAAGAUACGUGGCCGUGGUGCGGAUGUCAAAGCCCUAAGUCCUCCGACCUCCGAUAAGUGAGACAAACCCAGACCAACAGGUGAAGGAUCUUCUCGAACGGUGCUGAACCUGCUCACCUUCUCGGACACUGUCCGUAAGUGGGUCCUAUCAAUCUUAUCAAUCGAUGCCAAGAUCUGAGUCCUGCCCAAUCACCAUGUUUCUCGGCGGAGACUAUACGACAACGUUGGCACAGCCAAGACACCAAACAACAAAAAAAGUGUGGAAGCUCCCCUCCCUGGAAAUCAGGGC